AUGGCGAGCACGCAACCGGCCAUCAAAGUCGAGGACGACCAGCCAAUCGUCUUUUCCUACACCGCUCGUCCGUCUCAACCCGUCACCACCCUACCUCAAGCAUGGCGUGACAACAACCUCGAGCUGGUGGUGAAGCUCGCAUCCGAGAUCAUCGAGAUGGUAGCGGGAGCCCCUGCUCACGGAAACGUGGACGCUGUCCGCCAACUUUCUGCUGGUCUACGCUACCGCUUCCUUGCUUACGAGGCAAUGGGUCUAGCUGUCUUGGCCGUAGCCGACGCGAAGCGCAUCUUCGAGCUCACCGCCAGGUUUGGCAGUGAUGCGGACGUUGAGGUCGACGAUCAGCUUCUCCCCGUCUUGGCUGGCAGUGACAUCUCAGCUAUGGAUGCCGAAAUGACGCGCGAUGAGAACCCUGCCAUGGACAUCGACACCAAUUCCGCUCCCUCCGGUCUCAAGCGUAGCGCCGAGGACACUCUCGGAGGAACUGUGGUCAAACGAUCGAAGGCAGGAAACCGACCCCUUCUCCGCUGCACAGCUGGCCUCACUUCGCUCCCGUCAGAAGUAAUCAUCACCGUUGCUGACUUUCUCCCAGCGUCUGACCGCAUCAAGCUGGCCAACACCUGCAACGCUUGGCGGAACGGCAUUCCUGAACUCUGGAGCUCGCUCGAGUUCGUGCGAAUCAAGAAUAUCAGCUCCUCGCAGGGCUGGCUGCGUGAUACUUUGGAGACCUGCAUCAGCGCUAUUCAGACCUGCCAGCGGAGAUCUCACAAUCGGCUUUCCUCUGUGGUGCUGAAGGGCUUUGUUACCCAAGAUGGCGUUAGCUCGAUCCUGGAUGCUCUUGCCAGCAGUAAGGUUACGCUCAAGUACCUCGCCAUUCCUACGCCAGCUCAACAGCACUGUUUCAAGCAGCUGUACAGACAUUGCCGAAACCUUGCAGGCGUCGAUAUCCGAGUUCAGACCGAGCAUCGCGAAUCGGUUUCCACCGGCUCCAGCCUGUUCGACUCCACCAAGCUACCGUUCAAGCUCAAGACCUUCAUCAGCACACAAGCAAUCGAUUGUGGCGAUAUUGCUCGGCACAUGGCUGGACUCGAAGUAGUACACGGGGUCAAGUUCAGCCGUCAGAAGCAGCUCAGCUUCAUCCAGGGCUUGGUGGAUGCCGCCCCUUCCCUCAUCGAGUGGCAGGAUGACCCAGAAGACAAGUGGGAUAACACCAACGUUGUUCUCGGUGAUUACGGUGCUGGGCAGAACCAGCUACCUACUCAGCCCAUCCUGUUUCCGAAGCUCCGUAAGCUCAGCGCUCUGUGGGCUGAGCAUUUCAUCGAGUGUCUCUUUCCAGCCUUGGAAGAAGCACGUUUCAACGCCCAGCGAGGACCCAACUCUCUCUCGCCUGGCGCUCAGAAUCAAUCAAGGAUCGCUGCUGUGGUUCUCAAGAGCCCCUCGCUCAGGAAGCUCGAUAUCCUGAUGCCAUCAACAACUGCCAGCUCGGAAACAAGGCAGAUCUUCAACGCUAUUGCUACGCUGCCGAAGCUGAAGGAGCUCGGCCUCUGGUCCGUGUCCAGCAACAUGACCCUUCUUCCGCUGGUUGACGCACACAAGGUGGGUGCAGACAACAACACCUGCCUGAUUCUUCCAGAGCUGCACACCAUCCGUCUUUGCACUACAACGGUAUCAUCAACCUCCCUCGAUCGCGAGUUGAGCGAGCUCCUGCUCCUUCGAUUCUACCUCAAGCAGGGUUGCAGCUUGGGCGAAGCGAAGAUUCGGUCCGAAGCAGCGCUGCUCGUUCACUUUUCGAGUACCAGUUACGGCUACGGCAUGACCAAGGCGCAACGCAAGAAGGCCAUCAACGCCUCGGCAGCGGAGGCCGCGGAGAGCACCACGUACAAGGGCACCUUCACCACCACCAGCGACGGUCUCAAGCGAGAGGAGUUCGAUAAAUCCGUUCUGCAGAACCUGGUGGUAUCUCGAGGCAUGAGCAAGCAUCUGGUGGAGAGCUCGAACGCACUGCUCAAGCAGCUCAUUGGCCGCAUUGUUGAGGUGGACACGUCGAAGAAGUUUGGCUCGCACUCUGGCCAGCACGGCUACCGAGGAGCCUAUUAUUGA